AUGCAAAUCAUCAAGACGGUCGCCCGGAAUGCCCACUCUGGGAAUGGCGGCAAUGGCCAGCUAUUACACCACACAACCGAUGCAACAGCAACUCCGGUCCCCGUAAAACCGGUUGACAACUGGGAAAAAACCAUCGAACGGGUCGCCGGCAGCGUCGUCUGCAUCCAAUUAUCACAGCCCCACGCCUUUGACGGCACCGAUGCCCAUACCGGCAGUGGGACCGGUUUCGUGGUUGACGCCGAAAAAGGGUAUGUCCUGACCAACCGUCACGUCGUCGGCCAUGGCCCGUUCUGGGGACGCAUCAUCUUCCACAACCAGGACGAGGUCGAUGCCUACGCCAUGUAUCGUGAUCCCGUUCACGACUUUGGGUUUUUGCGCUACGACCCCGAGGCCGUGAAAUACGCCCAAGUUUCUUCCAUAGAGUUGCGUCCUGACCGGGCAAAAGGUGGGCCACCACCGAAUCAAUUUCAACCGACACAUCCUAAUCUCCUCACAGUCGGCGUCGAGAUCAAAAUCCUCGGCAACGACAGCGGGGAAAUGCUAGGCAUCCUCUCCGGCUUUAUCAGCCGCGUCGACCGCAACGCGCCCUCCUUUGACUUCAACACAUGCUAUUACCAGGCCAACGCCGACGGCUCGGGCGGCAGUUCCGGCAGCCCCGUCAUCAACAUGGACGGCCACGCCGUCGCCAUAAUGACCGGAGGCCGCGUCGACGGUUCCUCCACCGACUACCUCCUACCCCUUGACAUGCCCCUGCGAGCCCUCCACCGCAUCAGGGACGGCCUACCCGUGCCCAGGGGCGACGUGAGGUGCGUAUUCCUCACCAGGACCUUCGAGGAGUGUCGUCGUCUCGGCCUCACCGACGAAUGGGAAGCCGACGUACGCGCCGCGUACCCGGACGUCGGUACCAACAACAUGCUGGUCGCCAACACCGUCGUCCCCGAGGGCCCUGCCGACGGGAAGAUCCGGGAGGGAGAUAUCGUUCUCACCAUCAAUGGGAGGAAACUCGUGGGCUUCCUCGAACUAGCCAGCGUGUUCGACAACAACAUUGGCCAGACCGUUCGCUUUCUCGUGCAGAGGGGGAACCACAAGGUGGAGGAGGAUGUCCUCGUCGAAGACCUCUCCCUCGCCACGCCGGACCGGUUCGUCACAGUUGCUGGAGCGGGUUUUCACACCCUCUCCUACGCGACGGCCCAGAUAUACUGCCUCCCUUGCAGGGGCGUGUUUCUCUGCGAGCGCGGGUCGAUGGAAUUCCCCAGUCGGGACCGAUUGCUCAUCGUGAGCAUCGACCACGAAGCCACCCCUGACCUUGACACCUUCAUCGAUGUCAUGAGAAGGAUUCCCGAUCGUGCCAGGGUGACAUUCACGUACCGGGAGAUCAGCAACAGGCACACCCUCCGCACGGCUGUCAUCCCGAUCAACCGCCACUGGCCCUCCAAGAUGAAGCUCGUCACGCGAAACGACACCACCGGACUAUGGGACUUCACCCUCCUCGCAGACGCCCUCCCCCCCGUUGCCCCCGAGCGCCCGUUUAAAGCCGCGUUCCCGAAACCCAGGAGACAAAGACAACAACAGACCAACGUCGAAGCCACCGUCGGGGAAAUCACCCGCAGCAUCGUCCAAGUCCACUGCGCCACGCCCGUUCACGUCUUGAUCGACAGCAGCGGACUACGAGGCUACAAGAGCGCAGGCCUCGUCCUCGACGCCGCGAGGGGUAUCGUGCUGGUAUCCCGCCACCUCGUCCGCAGCAGCCUCUGCGACGUCACCGUCACCAUCGCCGACUCCAUCGUCGUGCCCGCCAAAGUGAUUUUCCUUCACCCGACGCAAGGGUACUGUCUUAUCCGGUACGACGCCGCCCUGGUCGACGCGCCGGUCCGCUCGGCGAAGUUGUCGGAGGAGCAGGUCGAGGCGGGCGACGCCGGGGUUUUCGUCGGGGGUUCCGAUGAUCUGGAAAUGAGUUGCGCGCCUACCACCGUCACCUCCACCGUGCUGGUCGAUAUCGAUACCUUUUCUCUGCCUGGGUACCGGCCUAUCAACACGAACGUGGUCAGCGUGGAUACGAUUUGGGGGAGCCGGUGCGGCAGCGGCGCUCUCGUGUCUCUGAUAGAUGGUAAGGUCCUGGCCGUGUGGCAGGAAACCGCGUCGGGAGAUUCGACGGUCUGCUACGGACUCCCCGGCCCGACUAUAUUGAAUGCGCUCUCUGAAUUCCUCGCCGGUGGAGAGACCGUGCCCAGGCUCCGGAUGCUCCCGGCGGAGUUGGUGGCAAUUUCGAAGCUCCAGGCUCGCAUGAGGGGCGUAUCGCCGGAACGGAUCGCUGAGGUAGAGGCAGACGACGAAGCCGCGCACCGGUUCUUCUCGGUCAGGCGGAUCAUGCAUCUAGGAACGACCCAUGCAUCAGAGGACGGCGACGGACUGCGCGAGGGGGACAUCCUCCUCACGCUGGAAGACAAGCCCGUCACACGCGUCGAACAGCUGGACAUUGCCUACCGGAAAGAGACGCUCAGCUUCGUCGUCUCCCGCGGCGGCCGCGAGGUUAGAGUCGACGUCCGCACCGUCCCGCACGACGACGACGGCGGCAUGGAGACGUCGCACGUCGUGGUACUUUGUGGUGCGGUGCUGCAGAGACCGUACCAGGCUGUGAGGCAGGAAAUCAAGAACCUCCCCAGCGAGGUGUAUGUCGCGUCGCAGAACUUUGGAACGCCUGCCAGUGUGUAUGGUCUCAAUGGCAUGAGCUUCAUCACCCACGUCAACGACGUUCUGACGCCAAAUCUCGAUGUGUUGCUUGAGGUCGCCAGGACGAUUCCGGAUAAUAUAUAUUUCCGGAUUCGAUGCGUCUCAUACGAUCUCGCCCCCUUUACGAUUACCAUAAAGAAGUGCGAGCGGUACUUCCCACUUACGGAAUGGCGAAGGGAUGCAUCGGCCCCGAAUGGAUGGAGACAGGCCACCCAUGAGAACGGUGAGGUAGUUGACGGCGAGGGGCUGUAUGGGAUAUGGUGCUGA